UUAAUAAUAGAUUCAUAUUCUUUGAAUGAUAAAAUCAAACCUGCUAAAGAAACAUUAAGUCAACAUCUAUUGGACUUUCAAGUUACCCAAAUGAAAAAAGUGCAGCCUGCAAAACAAACUCGUCCUCGAUUCAAAUAAUUUUCCCAUUCGUCUUAGCCGCGACAUACACAUAGUUGUACAUGUGACUGUGAGAUACGAGUACAACAACUCCGGAAUAGCCGAUGUCCAUCUUUUGCUUCUUGUUCCCACACCAAGAGAAAUACACGCAAAGAAAAUAUGAACUCCUACAUCAACUAAAUAUUGACCGCCUAUUUUUCCGACUCCACGAGGGCGAGAGUCAAUCGUAAAUAACUUAACUACAUCGAUUUAGAUUUAGUGAAUGGUUCCUGUUGUGUCUGCCGCUCUCGUGUGAUGUAGAAAAAGGCACUUACUUCAUCAACCUCUUAAGGUUAGCAGUAGAUAUAAAGUAGCUAGGGCCCUUCUCUUUGGUUGUGGGUUUAUUUGGUGAACCGGUACCCCAUAGCGAAAGCGAAUAAACCUGCGCACACAACCAGAGAGCGGAGCACUAACCGGAGGCGUUGCACAGGGCUCCAGCCUGCCGCUGAAGGUGAGACCUAUGGGGCUGACAGGACGACGAUAGCGCCGGCGCUUAAUUAGUUUCAGC